ACAACGUCAGCUAACCGCAGUGGAUCGUGGCUUUAUUGCUCAUUUUGAAUAGGAUAACAAAAAUACAUUAUCAAAUAUAUAAAAUCACAAUAAUAAAUUGUUUCGUUUAUAAUAUAUAAACAUGUAUUCUAUAUUAACAAGAGGAAAUGCAAUUCUUACGUAUACUCUUAGUGUUCUUGCAUGUUUAACUUUCUUAUGUUUUCUAUCCACACUGACGGUGGACUAUAGAACCGCUGCUCAAAUGAAUACAGUGAAAGUAGUUGUAAAAAAUGUUCCAGACUAUGGUGCCUCAAGAGAAAAGAAUGAUUUGGGCUAUUUAACAUUUGAUCUGAAAACAGAUCUUUCCAGUCUCUUUAACUGGAACGUUAAACAGUUGUUCUUAUAUCUAACUGCAGAGUACAUUACACCAUCUAAUGAAUUGAAUCAAGUUGUGCUGUGGGAUAAAAUUAUUUUAAGGGGAGAAAAUGCUUUGCUAGAUUUUAAGAAUAUGAACAUAAAAUACUAUUUCUGGGAUGAUGGAAAUGGUUUAAAGGGUCACAACAAUGUCACAUUAACCUUGUCAUGGAAUAUUAUCCCAAAUGCAGGUCUGCUGCCUAACAUUCCAGCCAUUGGUCAGCAUUCCUUCAAGUUCCCUAUAGAAUACACACAAACAAGAGUAUGAUUCAUAAUAAAAGAGUUUACAACUCUUUAGAUGAAUAAAUGUGUGUGUUUGAUAAAUUAUAUAUUCAAUCUAA